AUGGGAGUCCAGAUUGCAAGGCUACCAUAUGCACAUCCUCAUUCUGGUGAGCGAUACUAUUUGAGAAUGUUGCUGCAUAAAAUUCGUGAUGGACGAAGUUUUGAACAUUUGAGAACUAUUGAUGGAGUUGUGCAUCCAACAUUCAAAGCUGCAUGUGCAACACUUGGUCUUUCAGAUGAUUAUAAUGAGUGGAAUGAAGCUUUAGCUGAAGCAUCUACAUGGGCAUCUGCCAAAAAAUUACGAAACAUACUUAUAAGAGAAGAGCUUGAUUACGAUUUUACAUCAGAGCAACAAUUAUUUGAUAAUUUAUAUGCUAGUUUGAAUGAGGAUCAAUUGAAAGCAUAUGAUCUUAUUAUGGAAUCAUACACACAUAAUCACGGAGGACUAUUUUUUGUGUAUGGAAGUGGUGGGACAGGAAAGGUUUCAGCAAUUUUACUUGCUGAAUUUGGGGAAUCAAAUUGGAUUCGGAUGCUGUCGCAAUUUCUCAUAAAAAAUGACAGUCAAUCUUUGAUGCGGUUAAUAGAUUCUGUCUAUCCAAAUUUGAGAAAUUCAUACAAAAAUAGCACUUACCUCAAGGAAUGUGCUAUUUUGGCUCCAAAAAAUGGUGAUGUUGACAAGUUGAAUGAUAAGAUGCCAUCAAUACUUCUUAGUCAAUCACGUGCCUAUAUGAGUGCUGAUACUUUUUGCAAUACUAAAGGUGACAUUUCAGAAGGUCUUUGCAAUGGAACACGACUUGUCGUUACUAGAAUAGGGGAUAAAGUUCUCAAGGCAAAAGUCAUAACAGGAUCUAAUAUUAGAGAUUUAGUACUCAUACCUCAUAUCUCUUUAACACCACAGAGUGCACGGACUCCUUUUCCAAUUAAAAGGAGACAAUUUCCUGUGAAAGUGGCAUUUGCAAUGACUAUCAACAAAAGUCAGGGCCAAACAUUGAAAAAUGUUGGCGUUUACCUUCCUGAACCUGUGUUUGCACAUGGUCAACUUUAUGUUGCUCUGUCCCGUGCUACUUCGCCAGUUGGAUUGAAAAUACUCAUUGUUAAUAGAGAUAAUGAUCCAUGGAAUUACACAAAAAAUAUUGUGUAUCGUGAGAUUUUUGACUCCCUUUGA